AGAAGUAUGCUUAUCCAAUAAUAAACCUGAUAUCAAGGCUAUUGAGAUAUGGAGUGGAUGGUGUAAUAAUGAAGAUGAUGAUUCCUGUAUUAAGCCUGAUAUGUGUCGUUAUGGUAUGCCUUAUACGUUCUAUCCAUAUACAAUACUCAAUCCAAAGGAUAUACUACGUGGGGUCCAUAAACCUAUACUAGAGGAGUUAGAGCCCAUACAUCUUGCUAGUACUUAUGAGAAUAUCCAACAAUACCCUAAUGAUAUUGAUAUAUGGAAUGAUGAAGGUGUAGCGAGAUGGACUGAG